GAAAGGAGAGAAAGACAUGGAUGACUAUACACUUGGAGAGCUGAGACACAUCUUGACGAUUGUUUUCCUGUCGGGGUUCGCGGAGAACGUGCUGCGGCCAGUGAUGACUGACGUCACCGUCUCCGCGGUUUGCUCCGGCCUAAAAGACUCAUGUUCUCUUGCCGUGUACCUCACCGGAGUACAACAAGUGACGGUAGGACUUGGGACAAUGGUCAUGAUGCCAGUGAUCGGGAAUUUUGCUGACAAAUAUGGAAUCAAAGCAUUGCUCACUAUCCCUAUGUGCCUAUCUAUUCUUCCUCCAGCAAUAUUAGGGUAUAGAAGGGAUACCAAUUUCUUCUAUGCAUAUUAUAUAACCAAGAUUCUAUUCGAUAUGGUCUGCGAAGGCACCGUUGACUGUCUCGCUCAUGCUUAUGUGGCCAAAAAUGUUCAUGGCAGAAAAAGAAUAUCGAUGUUUGGAGUUUUAGCCGGUGUGAGAACAAUUUCAGGAGUUUGUGCAACAUUCUCAGCUCGUUUCUUACCCAUAGCUUCGACUUUUCAGGUUUCAGCUAUGUCACUAUUUUUUGGGCUAGUGUACAUGAGAAUAUUCCUAAAAGAGAGAUUAGACAAUAAUGAGGGCAAUGACGACUAUGACGAAUAUGAUGGUGGUGGUCUAAAGAUAUUAGCGGAGCCGAUUCUAAGAGAUGCACCAUCUAACACACAUGUCUUCAACACUAAGUAUUCCUCUUUUAAAGAUAUGAUCAGCCUUAUAAAGAAUAGCACCAUACUUAUUCAAGCAUUGGUCGUUACAUUCUUUGCUACCUUCUCGCAAACUGGAAUGCAGUCUGCUUUCUUGUAUUUUCUCAAAGCUCGUUUUGGGUUCACCAAAAAUGACUUUGCUGAGCUUUUGUUGUUGGUUACCAUCAUUGGCUCCAUCUCUCAGCUGUUUUUAUUGCCGAUAUUGGUUUCUGCCAUUGGAGAACAUAAGGUGUUAUCAACAGGGCUUCUUAUGGAAUUUUUCAAUGCAGCUUGUCUUAGCGUUGCGUGGUCAGCAUGGGUUCCUUAUGCCACGACCGUACUUGUACCGGGAGCCAUGUUCGUGAUGCCAUCAGUUUGUGGAAUUGCCUCAAGACAAGUUGGAUCUAGCGAACAGGGGAAGGUCCAAGGAUGUAUAUCAGGGGUGAAGGCUUUUGCUGGAGUUUUGGCUCCAUUUGUAUAUAGUCCAUUGACAGAUGAUUGGAUUCCUUCAAAGUCUUCUGAUAAAAGAGCAUUCUUCUUUGCCACAAGUGAAGAUCAUAGCAAUCAACAACCCUUGAAUAGCAGAGAUUUAAUAAGAGAUAUGAUGAUGCAAAUGUAACUUGAAUGUUGUACAGAUUUACUUAAAAUAUAUUCAUUUAUAA